AUGGCGAAGUUACUAGCAACUUUGUCAACAAUCCUUGCCGCCCUGCAGAUUGCCGCAGCAGCCUGCAAUCACCCAAGCGUGAGGAAGCCUUGGACAUCACUGACCGAAGAUGAGAGAGCUUCCUACAUUAAUUCGACGUUAUGUCUCAUGGACCCGGCCCGGGCUCCGGCCCAGGUGGGAAGCUGGGGUGCCAAAAGCCGGUGGGAAGAGCUACUUGUGGCGCAUAUUGCCCAAGUCAGAUACAUCCACACAGUCGGCGCAUUGUUUCCAUGGCAUCGCUGGUACACCAAGAUCCAUGAAGAUUUGCUUCGAAACGAAUGCGGCUACACCGGGCCCUACCCUUAUUGGGACGAGCAAGCAGAUCAGGCUAUCAACCCUAUUCAGAAUGCGAGCGUCUGGGAUCGUCCUGCCUCGAACACUUCAGCCGUCGUCGGCUUUGGUACUGGACGAACCGACCAGGACAAUUGCAUUCUCGAUGGUGCCUUUGCGGGAUACCGUGUAGAGAUCUCAACGCAACUGACGCGCAACGAGACUGGAAGCUGUCUCACUCGCGGUCUGAACCAGACUGCCUUCGACACCGUGUCACAAAAGGAUGUCGUAGAGCCAUGCAUGGCAAUGGAGUCUGACGACUAUGCUGAGAUGAUGAACUGUUUGGGAAACACGCCGCACAGUGGUGGACACCUUGGUGUGGGCGGAAUUAUGAGAGACCACGCCAGAUCCCCGGCCGACCCUAUCUUUUGGCUGCAUCACACGAACUUCGACCGCCUGUGGUGGAACUGGCAGGCAGCUAACUUGACGUCCCGUCUGUAUGCUAUGGGUGGCCCAAAUGUGGCCAACGGACAGAUUUUCAUUGAUGCUCAGCCCGCCAUCCUCCCUAUCGAAGCCUUCGUGCCAUACUUCGGAGACGGUGGCAACGUUACGACACUGGAUCACGUCAUGUGGUUGCCUGGUCUGGCUGAGAACAUUACAAUCAGAGACGCGAUGGAUAUUAGGAGCGAUCUCAUGUGUUUUGAGUACGUCUAG